UUGAUUAGGAUUAUUGGCUGCAGAAGGCACUUCUAGGACUACCGGAAUGUCGUAAUAACCACUCUGGAGAGCGGCAAGCUGAUCUCAUUAUGAGUAUUCUCGAGACCUUCGGAAUUAUGUUAAAACUCGGCUAUUACACCGGGGAUAACCCUACGUUAAACAAUAUAUAUCUGGAGUCUAUAACUGAGCCACCUCUAAAUCCCAUACAAAAUGCCGCCCUCACCACCAGAAGACAUAGAGAACGUAGACAUCUCUCGAGAUCGGACGUUGAUAAGGACUACCUAGGCAUUGAGGGCAUACCUGCACUACGUAAACUGCACGGUCUGGCUGUCUGGGCACGCUGCUUAUCGCUUAAUAGCCAGCUGUGGGACGAUGAAGUCGGUUUGCGACUAGGGAUCGAUAAUGAGAUGCGGUGGUCUUUAUGGUACUAUGUCUUCAAUAAGCUUUUCAAAAAGAAGGCGCAGAUCGUUCAAUUCCUGCAUGAACAGGAGCAGAUCCUCGGAGACAAUCGAUUGACGGCAGCUGAUUGGGAUUUGCUUCAGAAAGCGUAUGUAUUUCUCUAACCCUUUAAUGGGCUAUAUUGUGCGCUGAGAGUAAUAAAGCAUCUCUUUUACAGUUAUUAUUUCUAAUAGACUUCCUUCUUUCUCAUUAUAAAAACAAGAAGCGGCAUUACAGCGUACCUGAGACACGCAAUAAAGGCAUGCUAUAUGCUAUUAAUAUGAGCUGGUUUAUUAUAAAUAAAUACUAUACUAUAACUGUGGACCUUCCCGUUUAUUCUACUGCUCUCCUUCUCGACCCUUCAAAACGAGAUACCUACAUUAAGCAGAACUGGCUGGAUAAGUGGUACAACAAUACAAUUAGCGGAGCACAAGCGAUUCGGGAGGAAGAAUACAAUAUUGAUCUCCCU